GAGUGUGUGAGUGGUGGCGGUGCCGCGCUGUCCGGGUUCUGUCGUCCCGGAGGGAGCGAGCCGCGGUGCCCCCCGGCCAGGAGCGCCCCCGGCCCCACGCGGAGGACCAGGAGGGGACCUGGGGGCGGGCUGCGGCCGCGCUGGGCCGCGCUGGGGCGGGCUGGCGGCCCCGCUCCUGCGCCUGCUGCUGUCCCUGGGACCCGGGUGCCGGCACUGAGGCGUCCCCGGCGGACAGCGACCCCCUUCCCCGGCUCCCCUGGCCGCCCCGCCGGGGAGGGCGGAAGAUGCCGGUGAAGAAGAAGAGAAAAUCCCCGGGGGUGGCAGCGGCAGUGGCGGAAGACGGAGGCCUCAAGAAGUGUAAAAUCUCAGGUCCUGAUGAAGUUGUAGGGCCAGAAGGAAUGGAAAAAUUUUGUGAAGACAUUGGUGUUGAACCUGAAAAUAUUAUUAUGUUAGUUUUAGCGUGGAAAUUGGAGGCUGAAAGCAUGGGAUUUUUUACCAAGGAAGAAUGGUUAAAGGGGAUGACUUCAUUACAGUGUGACUGCACAGAAAAGUUACAGAACAAAUUUGACUUUUUGCGCUCACAGUUGAAUGAUAUUUCUUCGUUUAAGAAUAUCUACAGAUAUGCCUUUGAUUUUGCAAGGGAUAAAGAUCAGAGAAGCCUUGAUAUCGACACUGCUAAGUCUAUGCUCGCCCUGCUGCUUGGAAGGACAUGGCCGCUGUUUUCAGUGUUUUACCAGUACCUGGAGCAAUCAAAGUAUCGUGUUAUGAACAAAGAUCAGUGGUACAAUGUGUUAGAAUUCAGCAGAACUGUCCAUGCCGAUCUUAGUAACUACGAUGAAGAUGGUGCUUGGCCUGUUCUUCUCGAUGAAUUUGUUGAGUGGCAGAAAAUCCGUCAGACAUCAUAGCAAGAGCUCUUGCGGAGAAAAUGCAAACCUUCUGAUGCCCACGUGUGUACAGGCUAAUGAGAGGAGAAAUCCAAAGGCUGCAUUUUCCUUCAUGUGAAAGACUUCUCCUAGUACUUUGUUUUCCUUUUUUUUAAAAGGAAGUUUUCUUGUUACAUGUGAUGGGCAUUGAGCCACACCUCUUCUGAGACUGAGUAUCCAAGUUUUGUUUUGGGUUAUGUUUAUAACAUUUAUUUCAGAACAAUAAAGAUUCAGAUUUGUGACAAAGGC